AUGGGAAACUCGUCAGAAUUAAGACUGGACUCGAAUGAAGCGUCUCCAAAAGCAGAUGUACAUUUAGACGCAGAGGAGGACUGUGACUAUGACUGCCCCAUCUGUCAGGAGGUUUUGAAAAUGCCCGUUCGCACCAAGAACUGCCAGCAUGUGUUCUGUCGGAGCUGUUUUCAGAUGGCGGUGAGGAGUCAGGGCCCUCAGUGCCCGAUGUGCCGGAGCCCCGUGUCUGAGAGAGAGUGCAGAGCCACAGACAUCCAGAACAGGAUGAGACAGACGAAGGGCAAAUGCAGAGCGUGUGGAAAAGAGAGACUCUUCAGCAAGAUGAGGCUCCACUACAGAUUCUGCAAGAAGUACAUCGAGGAAUUUGGUCCUAUCAGUAAACCCACGCUACCGCUUCCUGUCCAAACGCCCAAUUUACCAGAUUACCACCAUAGCAGUGUAUUUAUCCACAACAUCCCCAACAUGCCCAUUCCUACACCACCUAUCAGUGCAGGGAGAGUGUACCUUUGUCCUUACUGCUCACUCAUGGACGGCAGUAAUGUAGCCCUGACGGAGCACUGUGUUUUCCAACAUCAAGACCACACUCCAAUCGUCAUCCUGCAACUCUUUUCAAGUGACUACUGGUUCUCUCUUACCUUCCUCAUCAGUGUGUCCGAGAAGGAUGAGGUGUGA